CGUCUUAGCAGCCGAGAAGCCAGCGCACCCUUCACGUUUGCUGCACUUGCUUCUCAAACUCCGCACACUAAAGAACAUUCUAAACUUCACGUUGUGAAAUUCAGAUGAACGCCGCGUUCCUAAACAUGAGGUACAAGCGGAACAUCUGAUAGACCCCUUAGCAGCAAUCUGAAUCAGGUUGAAGUGAGAGGAGGAGAUCGCAUCUCCACUCUGCGGAUGAUUUGUUUGCGUUGUGCAAUUAUUUCCUUCAGAAGUGACGAGUGGAAUGAGCUGUUUUUACACAUUGGUGGUUUCACUGCAGCAUGGGAACAGCCGUGUCCAAGAAGAAGAAUUUAAGGAAUGAUGCCAUAUCUUCUGUUGCCGCAAAAGUUCGAGCAGCUCGAGCAUUUGGAGAGUACCUUUCUCACACACACCCUGAGAACCGCAACGGAUCAGAUCAUUUGCUAUCUGACACCUUCAUUGGGCAAGACACAGAGUCCCCAGACAUCAGCCGAUUGAACAACAAUAACAGCCUCCAGCCAUACUCCCAACACACUCUCCUAGUCAAGCCCAGUCAAGAAGAGGUUCAGCCAGGCAGCCAGUCUGCACCCCUUCCUACCAGUUCCAAGCGACGUCUCUCCGUAGAACGCAGCCUUUCUUCUGAGGACCAGCAUCAUCAAAGGUGUGCAGAGAGCUCUUUGAAGCCAGCACGUGUCUACACCAUUACUAGGGAGCGAGAUAUGCUUGGGAGCCAGGGAAGCAAGGAGAGCCUGGAGCUAGAGGUGCUGAAGAGGACCACAGACCCUCCCAGAACCAACGGUCCCUCCAAUUUACGUGGCAGCCAUCAUCGAGGAAGCCACCAUCGUGGAAACAACGACCCUACCCACCAGCAUCACUACAGCCAUCCGCCUCUGACGCAACCUUUGCAGAGCUCAGGAAGUGCCCAUAACAUCCGGGACUGGGGCUCAAGAAGGAGCAGGUCAAGGGAGGAUUGCACGCCGGAUUGUGUGGACUGCAUUCAGCCACACUGCCAGAGCCAGCACUCUCUAGACCUUGAGACGUCACCACAUGAUGGUGACAAACAGCACAAGAGGUUGGAGAGGAUGUACAGUGAGGAUCGUGUGUCCUCUGAGGAUCGAGAGGAUCACACGAACAGCUGGUUCCCUAAAGAGAACAUGUUCAGCUUCCAGACUGCAACCACCACCAUGCAAGCAAACUUCCGGAAACAUCUGAGGAUGGUGGGCAGCAGGAGGGUGAAGGUCCAGACAUAUGCUGAUCGCAAAGCAAAGAGUUUCAGCAGGUCCUGGAGUGACCCCACACCCAUCAAGCCUGAUUCUCUCCAUGACUCCAGAGACAGUGCAGAUCUCCAGGCAUCGUCUGGCAAUCUGGAUGAAGAAGACUGUGAUGAUGUCGACUGGGAAGAAGAGAGAGAGUUGGAAAGAGCAGCCUGUGAGGGCGAUGACUUCAUCCCACCCAAAAUCAUGCUAAUUUCAUCAAAAGUACCAAAGGCCGAGUACCUUCCCAACAUCAUCCGUCGGGACGACCCCUCUAUAAUCCCCAUUCUCUAUGAUCAUGAACAUGCCACCUUUGAUGAUAUACUAGAGGAGAUUGAAAAGAAACUUACCGCCUACAGAAAAGGCUGCAAAAUCUGGAACAUGCUCAUCUUCUGUCAGGGAGGUCCAGGUCAUCUCUACCUACUGAAGAACAAAGUAGCCACAUUUGCCAAAGUAGAGAAGGAGGAGGACAUGAUACAGUUCUGGAAGAGACUCGGCAGAUUCAUGAGUUUAUUAAAUCCUGAACCCAACCUCAUCCAUGUUAUGGGCUGCUAUGUGCUCGGUAAUGCUAACGGAGAAAAGCUUUUUCAAAACCUCAAGAGACUGAUGAAACCUCAUGUCAUUGAGUUUAAGUCUCCUCUGGAACUGUCAGCUCAGGGUAAGGAGAUGAUCGAGAUGUACUUCGAUUUCCGCCUCUACCGCUUGUGGAAGAGCCGCCAACACUCCAAACUUCUCGAUUACGAUGACCUUCUGUGACAUUGUGGUUUAAGCAGCCCAAGAGGCAGGUAGCUUUCUUUAGGGCCCACGCGGCAAUGUUACCUCCAGAGAUUGCCUGGGCGGAAAAGCCCUGAGGUGGAAGGAGGAAGAUGAGCCUGAGGAUGAAGAUGGCUAACAUUGAGAAGACGUUCCAGUUCUCUGCCCUCAAAUGUUAUGAGGGAAAGCAGCCAUUACUGUUAGGUGCUGUGUGUUCAACCCAUCCAUUUGAGCUUUCAGCCUGAAAGAAAAACGUUUGGUUGAUAUCUGCGGGUCUUAACUUUUAAGCCUGUGAGAGGUCUAGGAAAUAACGUUCAGUGUCUUUGAGAAUUGAAAAAGCUUUGUUAGGAGGGAGGAAAAAUAAGAACAGAUUUGUUUUUUAGUAUUUUUGAGUAGCUCUUUUUGUGGUUAUCUAGCAGGGACAGUGAAACAAGGCCAUUUAACCGUGAAAAGGGCCUUGAGGUUAUUGUGUUAUUCACUAUCUAAAAAUGCAGGAUAAACUGUGGAACUACAUACAGUAUGUAUUUACAUAUUCACUCUAACUCCAUAAAAUAACUACUGUAAUUUAUCUUUCAGCAUAAUAUUGCACUGUUUUAGUUGUUAAGGUAUGGUGGGUUUUUUAGGAUUCAUUAGAGGGAAUAUAACUCAGGUUUCAUUCGUUUAACUGACCUCUCUCUGUACUGUACCACCUUUAGAUUGAGAGAGAGAGAAGAGGAGGCUGAAAGAGAAAUGUUUUUUCAAUAGAAAGUUGUUCUGUCUGAAUGAUUGCGU